AUGGGAGAGAAGUUCGCCUGCAGGCUCGCUCAGCUCAACAUUUACUGUAUUUCAUGUCGGAAGCUCUACUGCGGACUUCAGGAAUGUUUUACAGCCUCCUGACUGUACUACAUUGAUGUCACUCGGGUCAGUGGAACAGCGUCAGAACUGUUCUGUAUCCUGGGCGCUGCGUUUGUGUUCUUUUGUUUAUUGAAAAAUACAUCCUGCUCAGGGAGAUAAGACAAUAACGCGUGGAAAAAGACCAAGACCAAGCGACGCGAACGAGCCAAAGUGACUAACAUUUCAACUCAGAAUGAAUAACAAUAUCGAAAAGGAAAACGAACCGAGUGAAUUCAGCAACCACGAAGAGGAGGUCCGGACACUAUUCGUCAGUGGGCUUCCACUGGAUAUCAAGCCUCGGGAGCUCUACCUCCUGUUCAGACCAUUUAAGGGCUAUGAAGGAUCGUUGAUAAAACUCACGUCAAAGCAGCCGGUGGGGUUUGUCAGCUUUGACAGUCGAUCAGAGGCAGAGGCUGCUAAGAAUGCCUUGAACGGGGUCCGGUUCGAUCCAGAGAUACCACAGACGCUGCGGCUUGAGUUCGCAAAGGCCAACACAAAGAUGGCCAAGAACAAACUGGUGGGCACUCCAAACCCCCCUCCUUCCCAGCAGAGCCCUGGGCCACAGUUCAUUAGCAGAGACCCUUAUGAGCUCACAGUGCCUGCUCUCUAUCCCAGCAGUCCGGACAUGUGGGCGUCAUACCCACUGUACCCGGCGGAGCUGUCGCCGGCCCUCCCACCCGCUUUCACCUACCCCUCCUCACUCCACACUCAGAUUCGUUGGCUCCCACCUGCAGACGGAACUCCUCAGGGAUGGAAGUCCAGGCAGUUCUGCUGAAGUACGUGUGAGUUAGCGGCUGGUUCCUGAUCGCUGGAGAAUCAAUGAUACGCAUGGAGUUGCUGGUUCUUCACAUCUGCGUGUACAAAAAAUAUUCUGAUGGUUUUCCCCUUUUUCUGUUUUCUGCAAGAGCAAGUCGAAUUAAAAGUUGGGAAUAUAGCAUACUUAAUUGUUUUUGUGUUCCAUCUCUCAGUUAUCCUGCUCUCAUGGCGUCGACCGUCGAGCGCCUAUGAGUUUGUAAUGUACUUCAGCUACUGGCGUUCAGGGAGGUGGUUUUGGAUGGUAUUGUACAAUAAUUGCUCUGAUGGACAAAAAUAUCUGAAAAAGACUUUUUUUUAAAAAUCAGAGCAAUAGAAAGUCUGUCUUUUUAACCAAUCUGGAACUAAGCAUGUUUUGCUCUCUGAAUCAGCCGGGUGCUGCAGGGCCCGAGUGAAAACCACAAAGCACAACAAAUCCCUUGCUUGUCUGUGCGAAUGUGUGUGUGUGUUUGCACCAGGCGCCAGUCACACUGUCACCACUACCCUCCCUGCAACAUCUUGGGACAGGAAGCAGCAUGUUUUCAGACCCCUCAGGGAGUGGGUGGGUGGAGUUUUUAAUAAGCAUUCAGAGGCACGCGUUUUCAAAGUCUUGAUUGGUGCUAAUCUUGAUCCCACCUCCACCAAACAUACCUUAUCCAUUUAGCCAUGGAAACAAUUCGGGGGAAACUAGCAUAGAUCAUUUUGUGUUUCCCUAAAUGCACUGGGGGGAGAUGGGGCAGGGAGGGACUUGAGGAAAUAAUUACUCCCAUCAUCCCAGGAAGUCUUUUGGUUGGUCAUGCCCCUGAAGAUAUUAGACCCUCAAUGAAAGGUCAACAUCCUGGCUUCCAGCUCCUAGUGGGGGCAGACGAGAGGUCGAGGCAAGCAACACCUGAUAUAGAGACAUGAUAUUGACUGAUAUUGAGUUUCUGUGUAAGCAAACAAAUAAUUCAAAUAGUUUAGGUUUGUCUCUGAUUGAAAGGUUCCCCUCUACCAACUCGUGUACAAAGUCGGCAAUGCAUUCAUGCGUGCACCAAGAAGUCAUUUUCAAUGAACACAUUUGCUGCUAGAAGGAGUUGUGUGGCAGAAACAAAGCGCCACCAAGGCACAGGCGAACUACACGAUGAGUGAACACCUUGGACAAGAUACACUAUAUCACCAAAAGUAUUUGCUCAUCUGCCUUUACUCGAGUAUGAACUUAAGCGCCAUCCCACACAUAGGGUUCAACAUGAAGUUGUCCACUUUUUGCGGCUGUUACAGCUUCAACUAUAUUGGGAAGGCUGUCUAUAAGGUUGUGGAGUGUGUUUAUCGGAAUUUUUGACCAUUCUUCCAAAAGCGCAUGGUCACACACUGAUGUUGGUGGAGAAGGCCUGGCUCUCACUCUCCACUGUAAUUCAUCCCAAAGGUGUUCUAUAUUCUAAAGGUGUUCAGGUCAGGACACCAGUCAAGUCCAUCCACACCAGACUCUGUCAUCCAUGUCUUUACGGACCUUGCUUUGUGCACUAGUGCACAGUCAUGUUGGGAGAGGAAGGGGCCCCGUCCAAACUGUUCCCACAAGGUUGCGAAUAUGGAAUUGUCCAACAUUUUUUAGUAUCCUGAUGCAUUCCAAGUUCCAUUCACUGAAACUAAGUGGCCAAGCCCAACUCCUGAAAAACCACCCCACGCCAUAAUUUCUUCUCCACCAAAUUUCACACCUUGACACGGCAGUCCGAAAUGUACCGUUCUCCUGGCAACCUCCAAACCCAGACGUGUCCAUCAGAUUGCCAGAUGGAAAAGCGUGAUUCAUCACUCCAGAGAAGGUGUCUCCACUGCUGUGUAGUCCAGUGGCAGCUCCUUUACACCAGUGCAUGUGGCGCUUUGCAUUGCGUUGGCUUGGAUGCAGCUGCUCGGCCAUGGAAACUCCUUUCGUGAAGCUCUCUGUGUACUGUACUCGGGCUAACAUGAAGGCCACAUGAAGCCGACCACUUCAUGGCUGAGUUGCUGUUGUUCCCGAACUCUUCCAUUUUCUUAUAAUAAAGCUGACGGUUGACUGUGUAAUAUUUAGGAACGAGGAACAACUGAUUUUGUUGCACAGGUGGUAUCACUGUAUUAACUGAUCUCCUGAGAGUGGCCCAUUCUUUCACAAAUAUUUGUCAAAACAGUCUGCAGGCCAAUGUACUUGAUUUUAGUUCAAGUCAUUUGGACAAGUGAUUUUGAUCAUUUGGAUAGGUGAGCAAAUACUUAUGUACAUGUAGUGUAUGUGAACAAUGUUUCACCCACAUUGUGUGGUUGUGUGCUUUUUUUCAGUAUGGAAUCAUUUUCUUCAGAAACACAUAAGGGUAAUGAAAAAUGUGUGAAAUGAAAUAAAAGCCAUUUAAUUGUCUAUGAACCAGCAAGAUGAUUAGCUGAAUCAUAAUGUAUUGCAGUAUAUUCAAAAUAUUUGUCAAGAAUCUACAUGUACAAGUAAACUGACACUGUUCCAUCUUGAUAUUGAAGUGAAGACAAUAUUGAAGAUAUUGAAGAUAUUUUGGGCUGCUCUCACGGGGUGAAGAGGUUUAAAACAUCAGUAAAACUAGCUCAUUAUAAUUCAGUUUGGUUCUGAGUCCUGGUUAAAGUUAGCCAUUUGUUUUGGAUGGUUAGGAUAAGAAUGAGAGGCUGGGGAACGCAUUAUGGCAGUAAGAGGUCCUCACAAAUAUAGUCAAACAAACCGAGCACUGUCAUGUUACGGUGUGGUGACGACUGAGGUGGAGGUACAGUGACGUCACUGUCUGCUGUAAAAUCUGCUCCGAACAAAACUGCAGCCUCACAUCAUUUUUAAACUGAGAGCGCCACCUUCUGAGCCCUGAAAAUAACAAGACAGUUUCAUGAAGCCUCACCAGGCCAUCACUCCUGACAAAUGUAGCACAACAAAUUGGGAAAGAGCGAGCGGAAAUGCACUCAAAUUCUGGAAUGAGACCUAAAACACAGUCUUCACAAUCCAAAUCCCAGCAAGGAAAGCUCACAUCCACCUCUAAACCACAUCACUCUCUCUUCCUUUCUAUGACAAUCUAAGACAAACAGCGAUUCAAUUUAAAUACAUUUUACGUUUCUCAUCUUAUCAAAAUUCAAAGUUGUUUAAAAUGUGCUUUUCACGUCAAUAUUGACAUCAUAUUGAAAUCAUUUGUGAUGUUGUAUAUUUAGAUGAUUAUUCUCGAUAACCAUAGGAACAGUGAGCCAAACUACCAUUACCAUUGACUUUGUACAGAUUCUGAUGAGAUUGACUGUCUUUUUCCGUGACUGAACUUGAAACCUGCUUUCAUUCCCUGUUGCUUAGUGGGACUCCAUUCAAUUACUUUCUUUAAAAAAGUUGAACAAGAAAGUCAUAAAUUGGCUAAACGUUCCUUUACAAACUUAACCUGUUCAGACCUCUAUCCUUUUCAGUGAAGAAAAUAAAGCUAUGUACUGAGUCCUCUUGUGAGUAUAAUCAGAAGUACACACAAAUAGUCAAUGAUGUCAGUGUUUGUAAGCUUGAAUGCUGCUUGACAUUUAUGCUCAGGCACAUUGUGGGCUGCAGCUAAUGGUGGUCCGUAAUGCUUCAUGAACUGAAGGGUAAUCCAGAUUUUCCAUUUGACAAAACGUAUCGUGUGUCUCUAAAUGUGUGUGUGUGUGCGUGUGUGUAUGUGUGCCUGUGUGUGUUUGGACCUUUAUCAUGUAUCACUGUUCCUAAGCCUGAGAGACAAAUGGAGUAUGUGUGGAGUUUGGCUGGUUGCCCGGAGAAGCGUGUUGGCCAAUAGUCUAACACAAUCAAUGGUUCCUCAGCGCUAUUGAAAUAGCUCCAAACAGGCGCUGCUUCCAAUAAGGAAGUGGGGCUUUAGUUUGUCUCCUCCUACCAACGCAUAUCACUCAGAGAGUGAAAUUGUGAAAAUAGAGAUACAGCAACUAAGUUUCAGGGGUGAGAUCCGUGUCAGCAGCUGCAUUCAUCACCACACAACUCUACCAGCUAUUGCUGGUAUGUGAGAAACACAGCCAAGGCCUGAGGGCUUUCCUCCAGAUUACAGUGGCUUCAGAUGGGGUUUCU